AUGUUCAUCAAUCAGCUGAACAACAAGUCUAAAGCGAUAGACUAUAAAACACUGAUCGACAAGUGGGUGAGAACAGUGCCGAAAGGCAGCGUUCCGAAUUGGGUUGUUGGCAAUCACGACAAUCAUCGGGUGGCCACGAGAUUCGGUAGUAGACGGGCCCACGAUGUUAUCUUGAUGUCGAUGAUUAUGCCUGGAAUUUCGGUGAUUUACAACGGCGACGAGAUCGGCAUGGUGGACAGGAAAUUCACGUACGCGGAGACGGUGGACCCGGCCGGUUGCAACGCCGGUCGCAACAGAUUCUACUUGAAAUCUAGAGAUCCCGCGAGAACGCCGUUCCAAUGGAACAACAGCACCAGCGCCGGUUUUUCUACUAAAGCGAAAACUUGGCUACCUGUGCAUUCGAAUUACAAGACACUGAAUCUGGAAGCUCAAAGAGACAUAUAUUACACGCAAUACGAGACAUUCAAGAAGUCAAUGAGGGUGAAGAAACGGCCGGUUAUCGCGCAUGGCUCCCUGAAUAUCACCCUGUGUGAUUCAAGGAUUUUGUGUGUUAUGCGCACGUACGGGAGAGAUAGGAUAUUCGUGUUGUUCGGUUUCAUCGAUGUACCUAUCACUGUAGACGCUGAGACUGUGUUGCCAUUCCCUUCGGACUUGAUAGUUCAUACCGUUAUUGGUGAUUCUGAUCUUCGUCCGGGUACCUUUGUUUCAUCGGCUUCGAUAACUAUCCCUGCGUCUGGCGCCAUUAUGUUUGCCACUCCCAAUUUACUUUCAUCAGAGGAUGAAAACUUUUGAUUUAUAUAUAUAUAUAUUUUUUAAUACGAUUAAUAUUCAUAUGUUCAUGAGUGGAAUUGGGUAAUCAAAUAAUCUGAUUAAUAAUUGAAGAUUGUGAUUAAUGUCAAAUGAAUUAUUAUUUAACGUUAAUAUUUAAUUAUAUUAUAUUAAUAUAAAUGUAAAACACGAAUUUAAUACCAAUUCGAUAGAGCACAAUAAAGUUAACGCAGUAGAAUACAAUAAAUAAAGUCAUAAUCAAAGAUCAUGGUUGAUUUAAAAGUCAUUGUUCAUGAAAUGAUUACGUUUCUAAUUAUAUUUCCUGCAAUUAUGUUUUAAUAUGUUUUUGUUUAUAAUAAAACUGCUUUUAGAAUCUAAUAACAAAUCAUCCAUCUUUGGAGAUCAUCUUGCUAUUGUCACAUGA